GGCCCGGAGCAUCAACGCCAUGGAUAUACUGCGUUGGUGCUUAUCAGAAAAGCUAGGGUUUCACUGCAACUGUUCUCUCAUCCCCCUCACUCCCAGUCCCAGGAAUUGAAAGACAUGAAUAAUCAGAGACCUGCUCAGGCUCGACCUGUCAUGGAUUUUUCUCCUGGUUCACGCCAGCCGAUGAUCAACAAAAUCAUGGACAAGUUGAAGAAACAUGUUCCUGUUUCUAGACCAGUGGAACUGAAUGAGCUAAGGAAAGCUGCUGAAAGGUUUGAAAACAAGAUUUAUUCUGCUUCAAGAUCGCAGCUUGAGUAUAUCCGGAAACUAUCUUUGAAGAUGCUGGAAUUGGAGACAAAAUCUUUUAAUGUUGCAAUCAAUUCUCUGCCAUCCAGCCCUGCUGCUCGCAGCCGACAAUCCCUCAGAUCCAGACUCUGAGGCUGGAAAAUGGAGUUGGUUGGAAGUUGCUGCUAUCAUCGUUCUUUCAUAGGUCUACUAUGAUUUGGAAAUUUGCAAAUGUAGAAUCUAAGUAACAACUCGGUCUAUGCAUGAUGUGAUUUCUGGAUAAAAUGUUGAUAUGAUGUUUGAAUUUCAAAUCUUUUGUAUUGGAAUGUUAGAUAUGUAGUUGGAAGGUGAUAUGGAAUAUUACAGUUUUGACUAA